AUGAGUCGGAUACCAAAGACGUGGGACGAGUAUCAAUAUGGGACGUCGGGGUCUCACAGAGGUUCUGUGAGCUCUGCUGGUGGUCGAAGUAUAAGAUUCGAUGAGCAAACAGUUGGGUCUCCUUCAGCUUCUUCGGCACUUUUGGAUGCACCAGGAGAACGAUCGGAAAGCGACCAACACGGAGAGUUGCGAAGACGGAGAUCUUCUAUCGGUCUUCAUCUGAAUUCUAUCGCACAAAUUGGAGGUGUCAAUAGUAUCGAAAACUUUGCCAGAAGCUGGACUCGAGCUGCAGCUUUUGACCUCCUCACCCCGCAUCGACCUUCCUUCAUACUCCAAGACGAUCAAGAUCGAGACGAAGAAGGAACUAUUCAAUAUGGCAGAUCAGAGUAUGGACACAUGCCCAGAACGUCUUUGCUCAGAGCACAUCUCGAGGCGAACGACAGUCCUGAAGUUGCGGUGGAUGACGACUCGGAGCUAGAUCCCAACACUCCUCGGCCAUUAGACCACAGAGAGUCAGAAGGCCGACGUUUAGGUGCUGAAUUUGGAAGCAUGCAGGGCAGUGUUAGAGGCAGCAACAUUGGUAGUGUCAGAGCACAGUCCAUUUUUGCCAUUGCUCCUCACCUAGCAACGCCUUUAGCAGGAAGCUAUGAUGGAACAGGUUCUUACGGGACGCUACGAUCCUCAUUGAAUGAAUCAUCGAUGGUUCAUGCUGGGCAGUUAUGGAGACAGCAACAAGCAAACCGAGCCGAAGGAGACCGGGAACCUCUGCUUGUGAAAGAAGUUGAGCAAGGUGGGAAAGUUGUUCUCGUUGUGGCUGGGCAGUCUACGCUUCCACAGACUGUGUUCAACUCUACCAACGUUCUGAUUGGAGUUGGACUUCUCAGUCUUCCCAUGGGUCUCAAGUACUCUGGCUGGAUUUGUGGCAUGGUUUUCCUGCUUCUCUCAGCUAUUGUCACAGCCUACACUGCAAAACUGCUAGCGAAAUGUAUGGAUUGUGACGCUGGGCUCAUUACCUUUGCUGAUCUGGCCUACGUUUCUUAUGGCCAGAAAGCUCGCAUUGCCACCAGUGUCCUUUUCACAUUGGAGCUCUUGGCAGCAUGUGUUGCUUUGGUGGUUCUCUUCGCCGAUACGUUGGAUUUGUUAAUACCUGGAGUUGGUGUAAUUCAGUGGAAGAUUUUGUGUGGCAUUUUGUUGAUACCCCUGAAUUUUGCGCCUUUGCGACUGCUCAGCUUUAGCAGUGUCAUUGGGAUAUUCUCAUGUUUUAGCAUUGUUCUUAUUGUUUUCGUGGACGGGUUCAUCAAGCCUCAUACGCCGGGUUCCUUACGUGAGCCAGCAGAGACCUACCUCUUUCCAAACAACUGGCUCACCCUGCCUCUCUCUUUUGGGCUCCUGAUGUCACCAUGGGGCGGUCACUCAGUGUUCCCUAAUAUCUACCGAGACAUGAGACAUCCGUAUAAGUUUAAGAAAGCGGUCAAGAUUACUUUUACGUUUACUUAUCUCCUCGACUGCGCUACUGCUGUGGCGGGCAUCUUAAUGUUCGGUGAAGGGGUAAUGAAUGAGAUCACUGCAAACAUUAUCGACACUUCCAGCUAUCCACGAGCUCUUUCCAUCCUGAUGAGUAUCUUUAUCGCCAUCAUCCCUCUCACCAAGGUUCCCCUCAAUGCCCGCCCUAUAGUCUCCACGAUUGAGGUAUUCUCCGGUCUCGACCCAGUCUCUAUCUCUGACUCUCCAGCACUUACUGGUCUGCCUAGCUAUACCAGAGGCAUCUUGAAAGUAGCGAUCAGGGUUAUUGUUGUUAUCGUGUUUGUCAUUAUUAGCAUCGUUUUCCCGGCGUUUGAUAGCAUUAUGGCGUUUAUGGGGAGCACACUCUGUUUUACCAUUUGUGUUAUACUGCCAUUGAUGUUCUAUUUGAAGAUCUUUGGAAAGGAGGUCAGCGUCAGAGAGCGAAUUUUCUGCUACUUUUUGAUUGCUAUUUCUUCGGUGUUGGCUAUUGUAGGGACUGUCUGGGCUUUCUUACCGAAAAGUAUGAUUGGUGCGGAGUAA